AUGACCGACAUUGGGAAAUGGGAGGGUAUCUUGGAUCUUGCCACUAAAUGGCAGUUUACAGAGAUACGAGAUGAGGCAAUAGCUGUACUAACGACUGAAUUAGUAGGCACGAAGAAUGCUUUACGAAAAAUUCAACUCGCCCGCAAAUACGAUAUCGAAAGUUGGCUCCCAGAUGCCUAUAUCGAACUCGUAGAAAAGGAAGAUCUCACUUUAGACGAGCUAUCUCAAGAUCCAGCAUACCCCCUGGAUUGGGAGACAAUCUCAAAAUUUUUUUAUAUACGAGAGAAAUGUGGCAUUGGGUAUGGAAGCAAGAUCGCUUGUCGAAGGCGGAGUAAUAAAGUGGAGACUUAA